AUGGCUGAACAAACCCGAACGCUUUUACAUCAGAUUCGUAAGCCUUGGCCACUCGCGAUCCUACGUGUCAGUGUUGUACAGGCCAAAACUGGCUCUGGAAAGUCUAAUAUUCUUCCGGUAGAAAUGCAUAGAUAUCUUAAUGGGUUCAUUCCUGCUAAUGUAGAGAUUAAAAAGCGAGAUUUUAAGAAGGGUGAUGUCAUUUGUACUCAACCUCAGAUACUGACCGCCAUCUCUUUAGCCAAAGAUGUUUCUAGCAGUGACUACUACAAAGAUAUGGUGCUGGAGAAAACAGUCGGAUAUCAAACGGGGCCUAACAGUAAAAAACCCAUUCAUGGCUUACUUUAUGCUACAGUUGGUAUUCUGGUUGCUCAUAUGCGGAUGAGCACGGAUGCAGAAAUCAUAGAAAAGUAUCGCAUAAUUAUUGUAGAUGAGACUCACGAGCGAUCUCUUGAGUCAGAUUUUCUAUUAAUGCUUCUUAAAAACUUUUAUGAACGUAAUAGGCUUAGAGCUGAUCUCCCUUUCUUGAUUUUGACUAGUGCAACAUUUGACAUCCAGCGCUAUGCGAAAUACUUUGGGGUAGAUCCCAGCAAUUAUCUUGAUGUCAUGGGCAGGGCAUAUGCCAUUGAGAUUCACUGGCCCCGUAAUGUUUUCAAUAAUUAUAUCAUGGGAGCUGUGGAGCAGAUCAUAGAGAUCCAUCAAAAUAAUCUUGAUGAUUCUCCUGCCAAAGCAGAUAUUCUUGUCUUUACUCCUGGAGCGGGAGAAGCUAUGGCCAUUUGCCAGGAACUAGUCAAAAAACUAGAGCAACUAGAGAAACCCUUUUUGCUACUAACUCUAAACCGGGAAAUAGUGGCGGCGCAGAGGAGAGAAUAUCAUCUGGUAUUUGCAAAGCCCGAAUCUCUUCCUCUAGUUAAUGGUCAUAAGGUUGUUAGACGUGUUAUCUUGACGACCAUGGUUGCGGAGAUUGGGCUGACCAUUGAUACUUUGCGAUAUGUAGUGAAUAGUGGGUGGCAUCGCUCUCGAGAAACUUAUCAGCCUUGGGAAAUAUCUGGUAUAAUUACUCGUCCGGCUCCACAAAGCAGGAUACUUCAGAGAAAAGGUCGGGCAGGCCGGCUAUUCCCCGGUGACUUCUAUCCAUUAUAUACCAAAAAUACUUUUAAUGCUUUGGAAGAACAGCAGUUGCCUAAUAUCAUUACGCUAGGAGAGCUGGUAGAGACUCCCCAUGCCAUAAAUCCCGAGUUGUUUCCAGCUUUCCCAAAUAAGGAGGCUUUCAGAGUUAAGGAUUUGGAUCUACUUGACCCUCCCCCUCCUGAAGCCUUCUUGGUGGCCAACUCAAAGGCAAUUUCUUUUGGUUUUAUAGAAAUUAAGAAUCUGGAUAGGUCAUCUUCUACUAAAGCCAAACCAUUUGUGUCUCUGACGCUCCUAGGAGAAAUUGCGUCAAGAUUCUCGCGAGUGCCAAUAGAGGGAGCCCGGAUUCUUUUUUCAGGUUAUGUUUGGAACUGUUUCGCAUCCGAUCUCGUUACAGUAGUUAGUCUGAUCGGAGCUCCAUCCAAUGUCUUUCUUUCUAAACGGGAAAUGCGAAAUAAGAAGAACUUUCCAGGCUCUAGAGCACUUCUAGCCUCAGUGCCUCCAUUUCUGACUGGGAUUGAACUGGCUGAAAUAUUGGCCUUCUUCCGUGUCAAAAUCUUAAUAGCUGAUGCCUUUCUGGAGAAUUUGCUCAUUUUUGAUGCUUUUGCUGAACAAUUAGAGGAUCCUGUUCCCGAGGCAGCUGAAGACUGA